AUUGUUGUAGGUGUAAUGAUGGACGGUAGUGUAAGUCAUUUGGUUAAUCAUACUAUUUACAAGAUUUAUCAAUGGAUUAGUGAUGGCGCUCUUGACCUUAAUUCGCGUUUCCAAAGAGGUGAAGUGUGGGGAGAGAAAGAACAAUCAUUUUUGAUCGAUACCAUAGUCGAAAAAUAUUACAUACCACCAUUAAUCUUUUCAGUACAUAAGCAAAAUAACAAUUUAGUACGCGUUUGCAUCGAUGGUAAGCAACGAUUAAUUGCUAUUAAAAAAUUUAUGAAUAAUGAGAUAGCGCAUAUGAAUCCAAGGACGGGCGCAAAAACUUUUUAUAAUCUUUCUAGUGAUAAUUGUGAUCAAUUUUUGGAUGAUUAUGAUCGCUUAAAGUUUGACUACUCUGAAUUGGAAUGUGUUGAAUAUCAUGAUCUUACUCUGGAAGAAGAACAUGAAAUAUUUAAACGCAUCCAAUUAGGAAAGAAAUUAACUAUUGCUGAAAAAUUACAAACGAUUACUACACCGAUGGCAGAUUUCAUUUACGAGUUGAUUUCUCUUUAUCCAGAGAUAUGUUCUAUGAUGUCUCAUUCAGCAUCACGACCUUUUCGUUUAUUUGCUCACGUAAUAUUUUUAUUGGAGAAUGAACCAACAAAAUUUUGGACUUCACAAGUAAUAAUUAAUGAAUAUAUCAACCAAUCACAAUCAAUUAUGUUUCGUAAUGAUUUUAAACAAUCUUAUAUAAAAUUAUUUAAUAAAUUCACUAAUUUAAUUGAAUUAAAUGACAUUAGUGAUUUAUUAAACAAAAUUACUCCUACUGAGUUUAUUUUUAUUUGUUGGUUAUUAAAAAAAUAUAAUACUUUUACGGAAGAUGAAUAUUAUUAUUGGAUCGAUAAAAUGAAACGACAUACAAGAAAAAAAUUUAAUAAUGAUAUUAGAUUAACUCCGAGAGUUUAUAAUACACUUAGAAAAUUUAUUUUGAACAUCAAUUACAAAAAUGGAGAGAAUUGUAAACAUGAAGAGGAUGUUGAUGAUGAAUAAUAAUCUAGAUUGGUGAAACUUGGAAAGAAAAUAAUGAUAGGGAAUAGUAAUGAUCGAUGAUGGUGACAGUGUGAACAAUUUAUAUAGCAUUCAAUUCUUAUAACUUAGGAUUAGUAUACCACAA